CGUAGGCGAAAUGAAAUCGGCUUGUUGCAGUUUUCCCCACAGAAAGGAAGUUGUCGUGACGGAGAUACGGGCAAAACUUGGUUGACCUGGCGGGAUAUUUACGUCGGUGUUCUUUUUUUUCUCCCAGUCUAAGUCCGUAUUAAAGACGAAGCCUGUGAGUCGGAGUCCCCGCAUGGAGGAUGAGGAGGAUGAUGUGUUUGAGCCAGACCCCCACUGCUGGCACACCACAUUCAAGGAGAUAAAGUGUGAGGAGCGGGCUACACAAACACCUGGCCCUGUACUGGCAUCGAACAACGGCAUGCUGCCCUGUGGCGUCGCAGAGGAGCCAAGACCACUCUUCUACGGCAACGCAGGUUUUCGAUUGCACUUCCCGGCAAACUUUGAGCUUGUUAGGGAUCAGGAGGCGAGGCGGCGAGAGAGCGACGACGCGAUGGAGCAGCUACGCCAGCGACAGCCUGUGGCACGCAGCGUGGAGAUCUGCAUCGGUCAGAAACUCCAGCUGAUCGGAGACCAGUUUCAUCGGGAACACUUGCAAAUAUAUCAUCGAAACCAAAGGAACCAGGGGCUGCUAUGGUGGCGCCUGGCCACAGCUCUGUUGGGCCUGCUCUUUGACAGGGGCGUCUUUGCUGGACGGGGCGGAGCAAGACGUAGGUGAGACAGUCUUCCCCCUCGUGUCUCUUUUAAUCAUCUCCACGAGGAACUGGACUCCCGAUGGCACUGUCAAAUCUAACACGGGUCUGUUUGCGGGGAGUAGCGGCACAGUCUGGGUGUUGGAAGGGAUGAGAAAGGUCACCGCGGGACGGAGACAACCAACUUUUAUACAAGGUUUAAUUCUUUUCAAGAAGAUGCCAUGAUGCCCCGAGAUUCCUCUACAGGACAAUGUUCAUAUUUUGCUAUAAGUGUGGCGUAGUGGUUUUGUACAGUACCAUGGUUGUGUUCAAUUUUUUGCACUUCACAAUGUAUUCAUUCUAUUGACCUCCACAGACCCUGGGAAUGCCUUAUUCAAUGUUUUCUGCCACAAAGAGUAUUGAGAGAAUUUACACAAUGGUUAGAAAACAAAAGGAAAAUGUGGUUGUGGGUUUUUCUACCUUUGUGAAGUUUUUCCAGCUAACCACUCAAGUUGAUUUACUAAUUUCCAAAGAGGCAACUUCUCAGAACAAAGCGUUUUGCACCUCACCUGAAUGGUUGCAUUUACCUUAAUAUGUUUCCCCCUCUUAUUCUCUUACUUUACUCAUCCAUUUGCUGUAAUACAAUAUUUACUUUGAACAUUUUCUUGCAAUAGCGUGAGCUGUUUCUGUAGAUGAACUCUCUGCACACCAAGACAAAUAUUUAGUGAUAUCCCAUGAAGUCUUGGGGGGUGGAGUUAGCAAAAGUGAUUUUGUAAAGAAGUAUUCUGACUGCAUAAACUGUGGUUAUUAUAUAAGGAGUGGGGAUUAUUAAUUUUUAAGAAGUUUACACUAUAUGGAUGAACAUAUUGAGACUCUGAUGUAAUUAACAAAGGGGAGUUAGUUUGCUUCCAACUAUGUGGGCUUAGUUUUCCUCUUCCAGCAUGAUUGUGCCUCCAUGCACAAAAUCAGGUCCUUGAAAGCAUGCUUGGAAGGGAUUCUUAUGGAAGAACUCCCACAACUCCAUCAAACACCUAUGGGAUGGUCUCGAGGUUAUGGUGACCACUACCCCCACCCCAACAUCUCAUAGAAAGUCUUUCCAGGAGGGUGGAAGCUGUUUUUUGCUUUGUUCCCUCAUGUCAAAGUGUCCCAAUAUUUUCGUCCAUGACGUGUAUCAAGCCAUCUGCUGUAAUACUAUCCAGUCACAGACACGCAAGAUCGAAGUGCUCUGAUUUGUUCUUUAAGAAAUGACAACACGAGUCAAGCCAAUGGUAUCCUCAACGAGAGCACCGCUGACUCUUCCAUCUUGUUUGAGUGUCUUCUUGCUGUGUCUUUUAUCCAUGUUAUUUGCAGACCUCCAUGCCCUUGAAGUGGAGCCGUGGAUCCACUGUUUUUGCACUAGUUCACCCUUUUAAGAGUUCCACUUCUUUACCUUGAUCAGCCCUGUCUUAAAUGAAGGUUUUCGGUCAGUUUCACGCCACAAUGUCCCAUUUUUCAAUCAAGUAUUGACAUGUGACUAAUCACAGUCUAUCGGAUCUGGACUGGAAAGAGUGCGGCCGUGGUUUUCUGUAUUGUUUUCGACACCAAACAGUCCAUCUGUGAAACAGAAACAGAAUCUCCUCCUCUCAGGCAACUCUAAUGGGAUUUCCACCCGCUUUGUAUUCAGUGGGGUGACCCUAGUAUUGUCUUUGGUGCUCAGAUCCAGAUGUGAGGCAGUUUUAUUCCGCACCACCAUCACUGACUGUGCAAACUGAAGACUAGUUAGUUGUUAUUGUUGAAAUACACUGUCGAAGAUGUUUGUUUUUUUAUUUUUCCAUUGAUGAACACAGGCCAACUUUUGGACCCGCGGAGCAAUACAUAUCAGGGGUCUGUAAUGACUUGCUCCUAACAAUGUGUCAAGUUGAUCACUGCAUUGUUAUUAGGCUUUCCUCAUGUUAUCGACAUAUCUCAGGGACAAGGCUUUGUUGGCCACUGGUGACCUUGAGAAUCAGUUACACGGUCAGAGGAAGAGCAGUGUUGUCACCUAUGAUGAAACCUCAUCUUUCAAGGGGUUGUCGCUUUGUUUUUUAAUCCCGAUUUGUUCUCACAAAGGUACAGUUUAACCAAGGAGCCAGGGGGGUUGACUUGUCGUCUGUAGGUGGUGACGCGGGGGGCUACUGAGUGUGUAGUUAGGAGGUGUGCGACGUGCACUGAAUGUGGUUGUAGUUUCCUGCGGAUCCUCAACGCUGAGCCAGUUCCAGUAGCACCCCGUCCCAUCAAUGCAACCUCAAGUCCUCUUUGUACUGCUCCUCAAGGAUACGCCUAUUGUUCAUUGCUUCACUCUCUUUGUAAUUUAUUUUUUUUUCCUUUAUUUAUUUUGUUUUUUGUAUAUUUGCCUGUUUCUACUGUAUACAGUCGUGUGUGCGAUCGCUUCUUGUUAUCUUAGACGGGCCUGUUCCCAACCUUUCACUAAUUUCAAGUUGUUUGUCUGACAUGAAGAGCAGCAGUUUAGUUAAAAUUUGACUUUAAUGGGCUAAUUUUACAUUGGACACACCCCUUCACUAGGUGCUAAAUUGGAUCAGGUUACAGUGGAUCCCCGUAUGCUUGUCAUUCAGUAUUGACUGCACAGUAAAUUCACAAAAAUGUACAUUUUUUUUCUCUAAAUAUAUCCUGUUUUUAAGGCGCUGCACGGCGAACAAAUGGUUAGCACGCAAGCCUCACAGCUAGGAGACCCGUGUUCAAUUCCACCCCCGGCCAUCUGUGUGGAGUUUGCAUGUUCUCCCCGUGCAUGCGUGGGUUUUCUCUGUGGGGCGACUCCAAAUUGUCCAUAGUUAUGAAUUUGAGUGUGAAUGGUUGUUUGUCUAUAUGUGGCCUGUGAUUGGCUGAUGACCGUUAGCGUUAGAAAAUGAAUGAAUGAAUGAAUAUCCUGUUUUUUAUUAUGCUUCACAACAAUGUUUUUUGUCAAACAAAGCAUUUUGUUUGGUAGUCCAUGAACACACCAUAGUUGUGUGCUGUGGCUGGCUACAGCAUGACUCCAAUUCCAUCCAUUAUCGUUCAUUAGUGAUGAGUACCGAUACAUUUUAUACUUGUUUAAUACAGCUGUGAGGCCUACUUAGGACUUAAACCUGAAUGGGGAAAUUAGCUUGGAUGGAGCCUCCGUCACUUGCGAACAAUGGCAAUUGAAGAGAAAUCUCAUCUAAUCAUUCACUUUUAUUGCAAAUGUUGAUGUGAAAUCAAAGGUCAACAUCAAGCUAGCAGAGGAGGGUUUGAGGGGUUGAAGAGAUCUUUUAUGGCCGUAUGAAUUAGUCAUGGAAUUUUGCAAUUUGGAAAGUAAGUCCCGCAAAGGUGGGGAUCAACUGUAUGAACUUCGUUUUUAAUUCUUUAUAUAACUCCAAUACAGCAUCAGUUGUGUUAAUACUGCAGCUCUUCAUUAGGACAACAACUCCUGACAUCGUCCAAUCACCUUUCAAGCCGAGAGAGUCAGUUUGAUUCUGGAAAAAAAAAAUAGAUCUAGGGUGGAGUAUUACUUCAAGGUUGUGAUUUUCCAGGGAUGGGCCCAACCAGUUCAGACAUUUUUCUUUACCGCUCAAUUCAGUCCUGAGUAGAAUCUCUACGUGUGGUUUAGAAAAGCAGCAGCUUCAAUGUAGUUAUUCAUUUGUAUAAUAAUUAUAACAGGACAUGACUUCGCCCUAUAAUUAAUGAACAGUCAACCGUCACUAAUGAUACAUCCGAGAGCAUAAAAAGAGCUGCAUUCAUGUUCCUUCAAGACACAGGGUGUUGGUUUAUGUGUUCAAUUCCCUUAAUCUUGAUUAUGGUGUUGUAAUCAACAUGCACUGGAAAGUACUUUGUUUCUGUUGAUCCAAUGGGUCCAUAUAUGUGUUUUUGUCUUGCUUGAUGGUUGAUCAUGUUGCCUCACAUCAGUUGUAUAUCUGUGCAUUGGCCAAGUUGGCUCACACGUUUGAUUUAUUGGAAAGGGAAACAAUCUGCCAUGGUGCCCUGUGUUUUUGUUAGAAUGACGUUCCAAGCUGCACUCUUGUUGUACCGUACGCGCAUCAAGAGUGGAGCAUCCCAGGUGGGGGACAUUGUUUUUUAUGGAAACCGUCAGUGUCUUUGAAUUUUGUAGUCCACUUUAUAUCAAUUUGAAGUUUUUGAGGAAGUUUUGAAUUUUUUUUUAAACGAUAAAAUUCCGUCGUCAUGUUCUUUCUUAACUUUUCUUAAAGUGUAUUUUCUUAACAGAAAAGGGUCUGUUUUUUAUAACAAAUGGUUUUUAACAAAUCCUGGUGACUCUUUGAUAUCAAGGGCAUUUCCCCCCUCCCCCCCCAAACAUUCCUUGCACAGCUCUUUGCCGUGUGUAAAGCAAACCAAAACAAAUCACUGUUGUUCAUUUAGCAUGUUUUACGUCGCCCUUCUUUUACAGGCUACAUCAAGUGUACAUGUAUUUGUCAAACCCUGGAAUAUGCCUUUUAACUGCUCAGUUUCAAAUGAAGUCUUGAUUAUCACACAUUCUCUGUAUACCAAGAAAGGAGACCCAGCGAAAAUGUAGCAUUUUUGUAAACAUUGACUGUGUGUUUUCGAGACUCUACUGUGCACUCAUUUUUGUGUUUAUAAAUGUAUUUUUGGUUGUUGAUAUAUUAUGGAAGUAAAGACAAUUUGUUACGUAGUGCAAUAUGCUGUACAUAUGGAGCUUUGCUCUACAAAUCUUUUUUCUGGAUUUCCUGUUGUUUAUUGGUACUUUUUUUUCAAUAAAAUUUUAUUGAACGUGUUAAGUCGAGUCUUUUUA